AUGACAACGUACAUGCAGCUGCAGCAGCCGGCGAUGCAGGUUCCUGUGCGCUAUCAGGACCAAUCAUCAUUCGGGCGAUCGUCUACACCAAGCAUUCCGACAAAUCCCUCUCAGGCCAUACAUCUUUCAAUGCUGGGAAACUCUGCCACUGCCGCCGCGUCACCAAGCAUCGCCCAGGUGGUCGGGCAGUACGCUUCGCCUUCACCCGGUCCCAGCCUAGUCGGUCCUUCGCCCGGCUACGCACAGGACUCGUCACCCGCCUAUCAAUAUAUGCCCCCGUCGAAUCUGUCCGUGCCCAGAAGCGUUCCAGGCAAGUUGUCCGAUCGAUUGGCUGCCUGCCACUGA